CACUUUCUAACACGAUGACUGACGCAGAAUCUUUGGAUAAGCCGCCGACAGAUGGUGAGAGUGGUGGUCUUAAAAAGAGCAAAAAGAAGCAAAAGAGAGAAAAUGCUUGGAGACCAGAGGGAGCCAGAGACCCAUUUGCUAUGCUGGAUUCUCUGCCAGAGAAGGAACAGCAGGAGAUACAGAAAGCCCUUCAUCUCUUCUCUCUGGGCACCAGCUUGCCUAAGACCCUGCAACAGGCCAAAAACCACACCUACCGCUUCUGGGACACGCAGCCCGUCACCAAACUGG